GCCGCGAGGGCCUGUUACUGCCCCAGAAUGUGCAGAGUUACUGGCGGAUGUGUGUGUGUUUAGAUGGGGCCUAUAAGAACCUGAGCCCUAGGAGUGUAGCGUUUUGCGGGAUGGUCUACAGAUUCGGUGAAAUCAUAGAGAAUGCGCGCGUCCUCUUGCAACCCUAUGGACGAUUACUGUUUCAUCAGAGCUGUGGGGAAAGGGAGCUACGGAGAAGUGUGCCUGGCCAGGCACCGAAAAGAAGGCAAGCAGUAUGUCAUAAAGAAGUUGAAUCUUCAGAAUGCCCCUCGUCGUGAGAGGAAAGCGGCAGAACAAGAGGCCCAGCUGCUGUCACGCUUGAAACACCCAAACAUUGUAGCAUACAAAGAGUCAUGGGAGGGAGAGGACGGACUUCUAUACAUUGUAAUGGGUUACUGCGAAGGGGGAGAUUUAUACCAUAAGCUGAAGGAGCAAAAAGGCAAACUUUUAGCGGAAAGCCAAGUGGUAGACUGGUUUGUACAAAUAGCUAUGGCAUUGCAGUAUUUACACGAGGAGCACAUCAUGCACCGUGACUUGAAAACUCAGAACAUCUUCUUGACUCGAUCAAACAUCAUCAAAGUUGGAGACCUGGGGAUUGCCAGAAUAUUGGAAAGUCAAUAUGAUAUGGCCAGCACCCUGAUUGGUACACCUUACUACAUGAGUCCUGAGUUGUUCUCCAACAAACCAUACAAUUAUAAGUCUGAUGUGUGGGCAUUGGGAUGUUGCGUAUAUGAAAUGGCCACACUUAAACAUGCCUUCAAUGCUAAGGAUAUGAAUUCUUUAGUUUACCGGAUCAUCGAAGGAAAGUUACCUCCAAUGCCAAAGGAAUAUAGUUCAGAGCUGGGAGAGCUAAUAGGAACCAUGCUGAGCCGACAACCUGAGAAACGGCCAAGUGUGAAACAAAUAUUGAGGAAGCCGUUCAUCAAGCAGCACAUAUCGCUCUUUCUACAGGCAACAAAACUCAAAGCUGCCAAACAUCGGAAAAAAACCUCUGAAUCAAAUGUAAAUGUCCCUACUGGAGAUCAUGAACAUCAUGAAAAUGAUAAGCAGCCAAAGGAACCCACUGACCAUGUGAAAAAACAAAAAGUGAAUAAAGUUAGAAGUCCGAGCAAAAACAAACAUGUGACUGCCUCAUCAGUGAUACCCGAACUUAAUACUCCUCAACCCAUUAAGAAUUCUAUGGACAACUCAGAUGUUCAUAUUGCAACAAUUAGCAAAGUGGAUAUUGAUCUCUUACCUACUGAAAAGAAAAUCUCUCAUGACGAUCAUUUGAUACCUUCCAGGGAGCCACAGAACGGCUGUGUAGCAAAUGACACAGACUCUAAAAUAGCACAGAAUCAUUUUCAGAAGCAGGAUGCACAAGUAAAACCAAAUUCAAGUCUGGUCUCCAAAAGGAGGGCUUUUAAAAGUAUUUCUCUUGACAGCAUGGAGGAAGGUGAUGACACCAUGAAACUUUUACAGCCAGUUUGGAAGGAUGGAAAAAACAUAUUCCCUGAAAACUUGGAUUCUACAGAUAAACUCCUAGAACCAUUUGUUCCCAUUUCCAUGUCUGAUGGACCUUUGCACACAACCUCUGAAAAGGCACAAGUAGACAUCUGUUCAACAUUCCAGCCUCACAAUUCAGAAUCUGGACCCUCUUUGUCAAGACAACAAAGAAACAAGAAAAGAGAACAGAAAAAUCAAAAUUCAGAUAAGUUUGAUGUGGGGAAUCAGAGGCCCUUACCCUCUCCUCCUGCCGGUAUUCACAGAACCGUGAGAAAUUCCAUCAGCAACCCUGAGAGAUGCAGUUCUGAACCUUCAGACUCUGUAAAUAACUCCAAACAUAGUAUUGUAUUGUCUCAGGAUUAUCGACCUCUCUCAGCAAGAGAAAGGAGAAGGCUUAAGCAAUCACAAGAAGAAAUAUUUGCAUCAGCACCAGCAUUCAGAAGACCUUCUGUGAACAGUGUUGGGGACACGUUGUCAUGUUCUGAAAAUGAGCAAUUGCCAGACCUAGUUUUACAUGAGAAAAAGGAUUCCAAAGCUCGUCAUCUGUCAGAGAAUGAACUAAACUCUUCAAACAGCUCUACAGACAAGUCAGAAGGAGAUGUCAAAGAAGGCAAAUGUGACACAGCUGAUAUGCAUGAUUUGGUUCAACUGAUGACACAAACGUUACACAUGGAAAAGGACAGGAGUGAAAUGCCAUUAGCACCUAGUUGUGGUUCAGAAUUCAAGCUUCAUCGAAAAUAUAGAGAUACAUUAAUCUUACAUGGAAAAGCAGAAGAGGAACCACAAGAGUUUUGCUUUGGCGAUUUACCUUCAGCUAAUGCGACAGCCCCUGAAAAUUUCAAACGUAUGAUCGAAGCCUUGAGGGCUGAUGUCGUGCAAGGACUUGGAGUUAAACUUCUUGAGAAAGUGUAUGAUCUCAUGGAAGAGGACAAUGAGACAGAAAGAGAGCUGCAGUUGAGAAAGCACCUUGGAGAGAAAUAUGCAAAUUAUAGUCCGAAAGUUCGAUAUCUCAAGUUAAUUGAAGAAAAUUCAAAGUUCUAAAUGGGUUGUUAAUUUUGUCAGUUAAACAACUGUUGUAAUUUUGUAGAGUACAAGUCAAUAAUAUUGAGUAUAUUUUUUAUACUGUUCCUUCAAUAUCUGUAGCAAUUUAUCUAAAAAUGCAUUUUCAUCUAUUCAGUGUAAGUAGCAUAUUUAAUGCUGUGUGUUCAUGUUUGAAUUUGAUUUUAUUAUUAUUUUUUAAGAGAUAUUUCCAUACUAUUUGUAUUUGUCUUUUUGCUCACAACAAUGUUGGUUGGUGAUUUAAUUAAUUCCAUUUAAUAUGUAAUUUGCAGGACAAAGACAAACAAUUACAUUUUAAAUUUGUAUUUACAUUUUCUAUUGCAAUCAGUGUAUUUAACUUCUUAAAAACAAUGCUAACUGCCAACAUAUAAAAUGUGUCUUUUCUAAUACUUAGAUGAAUGCAGCCCUUUAAAUAAAACCCUUUUUUUCUACAAAA